UACGGGUGGUCGUCGGUGGACCCUCUCUCUCCAUCCUUUCUGCGGCGGUAGCACACUCUCUCUCCCGCUCCCUCUCGAUCUCUCGAACAGGGGCAGCUACCGACCACCCACGCAUGGCGUCUUCAACCCUUCUGCACAGUCUCCUCCACAUUCCACCUCGCCCUUCGAAGUGCCCGACAGCUCAAUUGCUUCCCUCCAAGCUGCCCAAUUCGAGACCAACCAACCGCGCUUCGUUCCCAUGCACCGGUCCGCACGGUCCGACCAGGAGGCUCGGGGGCCGCCGUUCGUCCCCCGUCGUCGCUUUCCAGUCGAACUUCUUAAAGGUUGCUCAAACGGUUUGGAAAGUGGGGAGGGAUGCAAUUGAAGCGGGGACGAAUUUGGUGCCCGAUGCUGUUCCGAGGCCUGUAGCGAGGAUUUCGGUUACUUUCGUUGGGUUUUCCGUUGCGCUUUUUGUGCUGAAGUCAUUCUUAUCCACUGCCUUCUUUGUUCUGGCCACCAUGGGACUCAUAUAUUUCAUGUUCCUCGCCUUAAAUAAAGACAAUGGACCAAAAGGGGGUGGAGACGGACCAAAAGGGGGUGGCGGUGCCCCUCCGAUGGACGAUCCCGCAGAAGAAGCUAGAAAAAUAAUGGAAAAAUACAAGUGAGUUCAGCAGAAUCACAGGUCAGAAAGAACCAAGUCUGCAAUUUUCCGGUCCCCCUUGCCCCUGCUGAAGAGAUACGUGGCGGUGACAGCAACCGGAGAUGGCGCCGCCGAAUUCGAUUUGGAAUGUCAUUUUUGCAUGUGUAAAAAUACUAGUGUGUCGUGCGGGGACACACUUGUGUUUCCAAUCGCGUAUUUACCUUGUCCCGCGAAGGCGUGUAACUUACUGAAGUCGCUGCUCGAGCAUCCGAUCUAGUUGAGCCAAGAUUCCUCGUUGUAUACAUGCUAAGACUAGUCUACAAAGUGUACUCCACUGGCGUGAAUCUUCGCUUUGAUUUGAAAAGCUCGUGGAGAUCUUGUUUUCAACCAUAAUUCAUCCAUUUCAGCAUUCCACAA